AUGACAAAAUUAUCAAAUGAUAAUCUUAAUAUUUGUCAUUUUCGUGAUUGUUUAUUAGGAAAAGAAGAUCAACAAUUUUUAAAUUCAAUUAAUAUAGAUUUAGAUCAAUUUCGACAACAUAAUGCAAUGGAAUUAAAUAAAAUUUUAAAAACAAAAGUUAAUUGUUUAGAAAAUAAUAUUAAAAUUUUAUUAGAAGAUAUAAUUAAUUUACUUAAAUUACGUACAGAUGGAUUAGGUAUUGAACAAUUAGAACGACCUGUACAAUUAAUAACAUAUGCUAAUGAUAUAUCAAGUAAACAUAAAGAAUUACGUUCAAAAGUUGCAACACUUGAAAAAGAAAUAGCUGAAUAUAAUUAUGAGAAUGAAAAAUUAAAUCUUAUUUUACAAUCUAUUCCAACACAUGAACAUCAUUUAUCAACAUUAAUACAUUCAAUUAAUGAUAAUACAUAUUCAACAUUAUUAGCUAAUAUGAGUAGACAGACUCAACAACACGACAAUAAUAAACAAUCAUAUUCACCAAUAAGUCCAAUAUCAUUAAAUGAUAAAGAUAUUUCAUGUACACCAGCAGAAUAUUCAUCAUAUUCAAAUCAAAUUCCCGCAUCAUCAUAUGAUAUUGUUAAAACUGAACGAAAAUCCAGUUUUACUAUACUGAAGAAAGAAAAGAAAACUUCUGAUUUAGAUUCCGAGAUGUGA